AUGAACUGGGCGACUGUUCGGACAGCAUUCGCAUUCUUUAUUAUCGGGCUCUGUAAUAAUUAUGGCUAUGUGAUUAUGUUGAGUGCGGCCGAGGACAUUCUUGGUCAACAAAAGCAUAAAAAUGUGAACGGCAGCAUAAUUACACCAGUGGAUGCAUGCGAGAACAAAAUAACCGGAAGACAUUGUAAACCUCCAACUGCUGAAGUUCUUGUUUGCGACAAUUUGCCAAGUUUGAUAGUGAAGCUCACAUUUCCAUUUUUCAUCAAUCGUUUUCCAUUCGGAAUUCGCGUCGGAAUCGUCUGCCUACUCCAAUUCGCUGCAUAUUUCGUUGUAGCCUUCUCGGUUUCGAUUCCAAUGUCCUUGUUUGGUGUGGUGCUUGUUAGUUUGAGCGGCGGCCUCGGAGAAAUUACAUUUUUGGGAUUAUCGGCUCAUUAUCAGCGAAUUGCGAUCGCCGGCUGGUCAUCCGGCACAGGAAUGGCUGGACUACUCGGAUCAUUUGCAUUCGCUUUUUUGACUGAACCACAUAUGGCAAAUUUGUCGGCAAAAACUGCUCUUUUGAUACAGUUAUUCAUUCCCGUGGUAUUUGCUAUCACAUAUUUCAUUAUUUUAUCGAAACCUGAGUCAAUCUAUUCGCCGGGAUUGCAUCCCAAAACAUGGCUAGUACCUGUCGGAUACGAUGAUUUCAUAGUGAGUAAACAUCGGGUCCCACAACGAGAUCUCUCAAUCAGUGAACGACUACGGUUAAUAGUGCCAAUGCUUCACUUAAUGAUACCAUUGGCUUUAGUAUAUGUUGGAGAAUAUAUGAUAAACCAAGGAAUGACCCAAAUGAUUGUAUUCGAUUGUUCGCAUAGCUUCGAUUUAUCAGUUCGUAGUCAAUAUCGCUGGUAUCAAGUGAUCUAUCAAGCUGGGGUGUUUAUUUCAAGAUCUUCUAUCAAAUUCCUCGAACUACCUAUUUGGUUACUCUAUAUUUUACCUAUUUUACAGCUUUCAAACAUGCUUUUCUUCUUCUUCGACGCAUUAUACUGGUUCGUACCGCAUAUUGGAAUCAUUUUUGCUCUCAUCUUAAUAGAAGGACUCUUUGGAGGAUCGUCAUAUGUGAACACGUUCCAUAAGAUCCAUCAUAAGGUUGCCCCCGACGUUAGAGAAUAUUGUUUGACUGCUGCUUCAGUGGGUGACAGUAUUGGAGUGAAUUUCGCUGCAGGAGUCUCAAUUCCAUUACAUUAUUGGAUGUGCGAUCAACCGAUGCCAAAUCGAUGA